GAUCCCUUUACACAAUUAAAAAAAUUCUUUUAAGAAAUAUAAAUAAUUCUUGAUUUUUCUUCCUCUCAGCAAAAUGGAAUCUCUAUGCCCAAAUCUCGAUCUCAAGGCUGCUUAUUUGUCUUCAAUUCCUAAAUCUUUCACAGAACCCACUUCAAAACUGUUCUUUUCGGUUUUAAAUUGUCGAAAACCCCAGAAAUUUCGAGUAAAACUGACACAGGCUGUGAAUGAAAGAAAAUCAAGUGGACAAUUCAGUCACGGGUGUAAUGAAAAUUUGGUUAAAUGGGUUGGAAGAGGCGUUCUUGGUUUUGCUUUAUCAGUUUCUUUGUGUUGUGAUUCUCCGGCUUUCGCCGAGACCCUGACUGUGGCGUUCCCUGUUUCUCACACGCUUGAGGUGAACACUGUCCAGAGAACUCUUGUGGAAGCAUGGGGCUUGAUUAGAGAGACUUUCAUAGAUCCAACAUUUAAUCAUCAAGGUCCUAAUCGAUUUUCCCCCUUUGGUUUACUUUUAUAUUCGACAUCCAAGAAGGAAAAAAAAAAAAAAAAAAAAAGGAAUUUUUUAAUUUUUUUUUAG